GUCGUCAUCUGAAAUGGGUGAGAAAUUGUAUCUCAAAUAUCAGAGCUUUCUGCUCUCGCCCCAUAAUCCAAGUAGAUCCAACAUAAAAUUCUCAUCUUGUCACGCGCUUUAGAUCGAAGUGUAGGGUGUCUGGGCUGCAAAAGAGAGAUUUGAUCAGGUUCUAGUAGUGGUACAAUGGGGUUCUUGAUGGAGGAUCUUCCUGAAGAGUUGCUUGUCAAUAUAGUUAGGAGAAUAGACCAAACUGCAGAUAGAAACUCAAUUUCCCUUGUAAGCAAACGCCUAUACGCAAUCGAUGGAGACCAAAGGGAUUUCCUAAGGGUUGGAUGUGGGCUACACCCUGCGAUUGAAGCUCUAACUUCUCUCUGCAUUCGCUUCCCGAACAUAAAGAAACUAGAAAUUGUCUAUUCUGGCUGGAUGUCCAACCUGGGUAAGCAGUUAGAUAACCAGGGGCUUUUCGUGCUCUCUUCCAAUUGCCAUUCGCUGACAGAAUUAACUCUAAGUUUUUGCUCGUUCAUUAAUGAUUCCGGUCUUGCAUACUUAUCUUCCUGCCGAAAUCUUAGAUCCCUGAAGCUAAAUUUUGCUCCGGCAAUCAGUUCCAAUGGUAUUCUCUCACUUGUCGUUAGUUGUAAGAAUCUUUCUGCUCUUCACCUCAUUCGCUGCAUGAAGGUGAGCAGUGUUGAGUGGCUGGAAUACCUCGGUAAGCUCGGAAAACUCGAGGAUCUUUCAAUAAAAAAUUGCAGGGCUAUUAGUGAGCAUGAUCUCACAAAGCUGGGACCUGGAUGGAACAAUCUGAAGCGUUUGGAGUUUGAGAUGGAUGCAUAUUACCGGUACCCAAAAAUUUAUGAUAGCUCAUCGGUAGAAAAAUGGCUGAUGCAUCAGGGUAGCUACAAAAAUUUGAGAGAGCUCAGCUUGGUGAAUUGUAUCAUAGCUCCAGGCAGAGGGCUUUCAUACUUGCUUGGGCGAUGCGAGGCACUCGAGAGGCUUCACCUGGACAUGUGCAUUGCGGUGGAGGACACUGAUAUGAUUGCAUUAUCUCAGAAGUCUAGAAACCUAACAAGCAUGUCAAUUCGCCUUCCAUCACAAUUUCUGGCUCCCGUUUUCCUGAGUAGUCCAUUGAGAUUGACUGAUGAGAGUCUAAAGGCAUUAGCUAUUAAUUGUUCGAUGCUGGAAGUGUUUGAAUUAUCCUUUUCCGAUGGGGAGUUCCCGUCCUUCAAUUGCUUUAGCCAGAGUGGCAUUCUCGCAUUAGUUCAAACUUGCCCGAUUCGGGUUCUGGUGCUCGACUCUGCUUGCUUCUUUAAUGACAGUGGAAUGGAAGCUCUUAGCUCUUCCCCUUACUUGCAGACACUCAAACUCAUCAAAUGCCAGGAAGUUACAGAUAAGGGGAUGCAGCUUAUCCAACGCUGUCCGCUCUUGACUGAUCUCAAUCUCCGCAAAUGUUUAGGAGUGACAGACAGUGGGUUAAAACCACUGAUUGGUUUACGCAAAUUGAAAUAUCUAAAGGUAGAAGACUGCCCUCAGAUCUCUGAGAAAGGUGUACAAGGAACUGCAAUGUUUAUUUCUUAUAAGCAGGAGUCGUCAUGGCUCUACUAAAUUAGUCGCUCUUUACGGCAGUUGAAGCAAAUUGUGUUCUGUUCUCCCCUCCAACAAUGUCUUGAUCUGAUGAUGCCACGAGAUUUGUUGUUUUUUUGAUGUGCUGAAUCCUAUCUUCCUUCCAGAAAAGAGAGCUUUACUAUCA